GGCGGCUAAAAAGUCCUUAAGACUGAUUGACAUUGGGGUCAAUCUCACCGACAGCGUCUUCCGUGGACUGUACCGAGGGAAACAGUCACAUCCAGAUGAUUUUGAGGCGAUGAUGCAACGGGCAAGGACCGCAGGUGUAGUGCAUAUGAUUGUGACUGGCGGAUCUGUCUCUGAUGCGAAGAAAGCCUUGGAACUGGCCAAAACUAAUGAUAUGUUGACGUGCACAGUUGGAUGCCAUCCAACACGAUGCUCGGAAUUCUUAAAGGAUGGGGAUGGCGAAUCUGGAGGCCCGGAACGAUACUAUCAACAACUCGAAGAAUUAAUAAAGGCGGGCGGUACAAAGGUGGUCGCUAUUGGAGAAUGCGGGCUUGAUUAUGAUCGACUACAUUUCUGUCCGAAAGAAACGCAAUUGGUAUACUUUGAAAAGCAAAUCGAAUUGGCAGUUAAUUCCGGAUUGCCGAUGUUUCUCCACUGUCGAGCUGCCCACGCAGAUUUUCUCGAUAUCAUGCGCCGACACCACGGGAGGAUCAGCGGGGGAGUGGUUCAUUCUUUCGAUGGUACAGAAGUAGAAGCCGCAGAGUUCAUCAAGAUGGGUCUGUUUAUUGGAAUUAACGGUUGCUCCUUGAAGACACCCGAGAGUUUGACAGUAUUGAAGAGCAUUCCUGUAGAGAAGCUAAUGAUUGAAACGGACGCUCCCUGGUGCGAUAUUCGAAGGACUCACGCAAGUUUUGAGCACACGGAUGUAUCAAGUCUGCCCGUACAAAAGAAAAAAGAGCGGUGGGAACAUGGUUGCAUGAUCAAAGGCAGGAAUGAACCUUGCACGUUGAGGAAUGUGUUGGAAGUAGUUGCAUCAGUAAAAGGUCUGGAUAUCUUUGACGCUGCAGAGUGCAUCUUCAAGACCACGAACGAUUUGUUUUUCCCUGCUGAAGCCAAGAAAUGAUAUCAGAUACAUCAAGAAUAUUUCCACUGAAUAAACAGACGGAUAUCCUUCCCUCCCGCGC